AUCCUAAGGACUAUUCCCAACAUCACGUUCGUCGAAGGAUUUCCUGGUGAUUUAGAAUCUAUGAUAAACCCAACCAUUCGGAAUUUAGUGGUCAUUGACGAUUUAAUGGAGGAGUUUAGCAAUGAUCAAAGAAUUACCAAUUUGUUUACUAAGGGCUGUCAUCGCCGAAAUUUAAGCGUUAUUUUCAUUCUUCAAAAUAUUUUUCACCGGGGAAAAGAACUGAGAGACAUGAGUUUGAAUUGCCAUUAUUUGGUGAUGUUCAAGUCUCCGCCAGAUAGCAGUCAAGUCAGUCACUUAGCGAAACAGAUGUUUCCCGGUCAUGUCAAAUACAUGCAAGAAGCGUUUCAGGAUGCGACAAAACGCCCUUAUGGCUACCUGUUAUGCGACCUCAAACCGGAAACACCUACCGACUUCCGGUUGCGCACAAGCAUUUUCCCUGGGGACACUCAGCUCGCCUAUGUCAGAAAGGUAUAA